UCCCCCUUUCCCACUUUCUUAAGUGAUUGCAUCUCCUUCCCGCUUUGAACAACUCGUUUUAGAAAUAUUUGUUUAUCAAUUCAAAGCUUGUGCCUUUAGGUAAAACUAUUUAUCUUUUCUAUUUUUUUCUUGUUCAUUUUAUUUAAUCUCGAAAAGUUCGUUAUUUCACCCUUUUUUAUGAUUUCAAAACUCAUAUUUCUACUGAUCAAAUCCCUGUCUAAAACUUAAAAUCUUUGAAGAUUAGAUAAAGUUUCAUUUUACAUUUUUUUUAUGUUUUCCUAAGAAUUUGCUUUCUACCUACUUUGAGCUCUUCAUGCCAUCUCAAAUGAAGAUAACGUAAACAUUUACAAUAUGUAAUGAAAAUGCAAGGUGGCCAUGAUAAUGAAAUUGGAUCAGAAAGGCAAAAUAGUGAUGAGCUAAUGAUUGUUUCUGGAGUGCAAAAGAGAGAUGAUGAUGAGCUGAUAUGUGUCGUUGAGUUGCAUGAAGGAGCUGAAAUUGUUGAAGAUACUAGCAGUCCAAAGUUGGUGUCAAAUGAGAUAGAGCAGGAUUCCAUACAGCAGAUUUCAUAUCAGAGCUUACUAGAUCCAAUUUGGGUAAGCAAAAUAGACACAACUUUAUGGCAGAAGGAACUCGAUUCACUAAGCUAUAAGAAUAGGUCCAAGCUCUUUAGGAAUAAAUGGAGGUAGAACCAAAAUGGUAGACUGUACAAUGGGGUAAUCUGGAGGCUAAGCUAGCUGAAAAUCAGAGGAGCAUUAACAUGGUGCUGGAGUAAAAGAGUGGUCUCGAAGCUCAGCUAGCUGAAAACCAAAGGUAUAUCAGUCAAUUGCUUGAUCUGUUAUCGAUAAAAGGAGCCAUUCAGGGUCAAUAUGCUUUAGGAGGUGCCUCGGACUCUAUUAGCAACCAACUUUCCCCUAUGAUUUAGCUCAAGAAUAAACAAAA